AUGCGCUCGAAUCAUGACGCGACCCAUAGCAACGACCCAGCGCUGCUCGACACUCUUAACCUCACCCGUUCACCCAUCACAGUGCUCUUUUUGUUUGGCGACUCCUUGGUGGACGUGGGCAACAACCACGACGGCUCCCACCGCUUCCUGCGUGCUGACCUGCCGCCCUACGGCAUGAGCUACAUCGAGGCGUCAGCGCACUUCUCCGAUGGCCGCCUGCAGGUCGACUACUUGGCGCGCUAUCUGGGGCUGCCCUCGCCGCCCCCCGUGCUACAGCCAGGGCGCAAUGCCUCUCGCGGGCUCAACUUCGCAAUACCUGCCUCCCACCCAGCCUUGCACUUCAACGUCUUCAUCAAGUACCCACCCUUGGAGAAAGUGAGGGGUCUGCCGGAGGAGAUUGUGGGGGAUGAGAAGGAGGACAAGGAUUUUGCAGAUGUUGGUGCAAUCGUGGAAGGCGAGGAAGACGAGGAUGAGGAGGCCUAG